GUGCGGCAGAUUCAAGCCUCACGUGGUGCUUUUGCGGCCAUCCUUGGCGAUGGAACCGUGUUGACCUUUGGCUUUGUCGAGAACUUCAAACAGAGCCUGGAAAGUGACGCGUGGCCGAGCGGCCUGCAGACAUCGAGCUUUGGCCGAUUCUUCGACCAGAGCCUGGAAUGUGUCGCGUGCCCCAGCAGCCUGCAGACAUUGAGCUUGGGCGCCCGCUUCAGCCACACCUUGGACCAUGUUGCAUUGCCGAGCAGCCUGCAGACACUUAGCUGUGGCGCCUGCUUCAAACCAAUCAGCCUGCAGACAUUCAGCCUUAGCGCGUGCCUCAACCAGAGGCUUGAAUGUGUUGCAUGA